UUCAAAUUUUCUCGACAUUUGACUGAUAUCAAAUUAUCUUCUCAACUUAAUUAAGCAGGACUAAUCCUAGAUACAACAUUCAUCAAGUAGUAGUCUUAUACUUACUAAAUAUGAAAACCUUUCUUCUGUUUUCCCUUCUUUUCUGGCUGCUAUACUUUAAAUUAUGUUCAGCUAGAGAUACUUUGAUCUUUGGCCAGAACAUAUCUCAAGACAACUCAGAGAACCUUGUUUCAAUUGGCAAAAAAUUUCAACUCGGUUUUUUCUCCUUACCAAUUGAAAGUGAUGGAAGCACCACAACUCUUAAAAAAUACCUUGGAAUAUGGUAUAACAGUUUGGAACCACAAACAGUAGUAUGGGUAGCCAAUAGAAACAAGCCUAUUGUAGAUUCCAAUGGAGUUUUUCAAAUUUCACAGGAUGGAAAUCUUGUAGUAGCAGAUGCAUCACAGAGUUAUUGGUCCACAGAAUUAAAAGUGUCCUCGUCAAGAAACUGCGUAGUCAAGCUCUUGGAUUCUGGAAACCUAGUGCUAAUGGAUGAUGAUCAUCGUUAUUUGUGGCAGAGCUUUCAACAUCCAACAGAUACAUUUCUUCCUGGUAUGAAAAUGGACAUAAAUUUAACAUUGAGUUCUUGGAAAAACGAGCACGAUCCAGAAAGCGGAAGCUUCAUCUUUAAGCAGGCUCAAAGAGGGGACUAUUCAGAUUUUAUAAUAAACAACCGGUCACAGCUUUACUGGUCAUUUGAUGGACACAAUUCAGAUAAGAUGCUCCAUAUCAUUCUUUCCUUGCUGGAAGACGCGACAUCUUAUUCAUCGUACAACAGGUUAUUUAACAAAACCAUCAAACAAGAAACCUUUAAUUAUAAUAAAUCAAGGCUGUUGAUGAAUUCCAGUGGAGAGAUACAAUUUUGGAAGUGGGAUGAAAGCAUUCAAUUUCAAUGGGUUAAGGUGUGGUGCCGGCCGUCUGAUAAAUGUGACAUAAAUAACUAUUGUGGUAACUUUAGCAGCUGCAACAAAAAUAAUUGGAAACCAUGUAAGUGUCUGCCAGGAUUCCGUCCCAGGUUGUCGGGUCAUAACUACGUCGGAGAACGCUUUCAAGGGUGUGUUAGAAAAUCAUCAACGCCGUGUGUCAGUGCCAGUGCCACAACCAACAAUAACAUGACAUUCUUCAACUUAACAAAGAUAAAAGCAGGAAAACCAGACAUAGGAUUCUUAUCAGAAACCGAAGGAAGUUGUCAAUCUCAAUGUCUUAACAUGUGUCCGUGCAACGCUUAUUCGUAUAAUUCUUCUUAUUAUGAUCGUAGUUACUCCAUAUGCUGGAUAUGGACACGACAAUUACCUAUGCUUCAAGAGGAGCAAGACGAUGGCCAGGAUUUUUCGGUCCUAGUCAAGAGAUCGGACAUAGAAUCAACUGCAAAAUCAUGUGGACCUUGUGGCACAUACAUAAUUCCUUAUCCGCUAAGCACCGGGCCGACUUGUGGAGAUCCUAUGUACAACAAGUUCAAUUGUAAUUCGUUGACAGGGCAGGUUAGUUUCAUGAUGCAAGAUGGAAAAUCAUAUCGAGUUACCUCGAUUGAAGAAGUGGAUAGAAAGUUCUACAUCAAAACAAAUGAUUCAGAUCGCUGCGAUGAUUCCAGUUCCAAUAGUUAUCAAGAUGAUAAAACUAGCUCACCAUUUAUUGUGACUAAUUGGUGUUCUACGCAAGACGAAAUAGAACUCAAUUGGACACCAGCACCAGAACCACUUUGUGAUAAGUAUUUUGGCUGCAAAAACUGGUCUCAUUCCACAUGCAUUGCAAAUAGGUGCCACUGCGAUUCAAAAUAUUCGUGGAACGCCUCAAGUUUAAGUUGUAUCCAAGAAUCAUCAAGAAACCAUUCAACCAAUCGAUCGCGAAUGAUUCUUGGAAUAAUUUGUAUAGCCAUCAUUAUCCUAACAUGUAUAGGAGUGCUUGCUUAUGUGAGAAGAAACAAAAUAGCCAACAGGCUUGAUAAGGUGAGCGUUCGAAUUCAAGAGAGCUUAUACGACAGUGAAAAACAUGUGAAAGAUUUGAUCGGCUUAGGAAGCUUAGAAGAAAAUGAAGGUGAAAGCAUUGAAGUACCUUAUUAUACCUUUAGAAGCAUUCGAGCAGCUACAAAUAAUUUCUCAGAUUCAAACAAGCUUGGACAAGGAGGUUAUGGUCCUGUUUAUAAGGGAAGAUUUCCUGGAGGACAAGAUAUUGCUAUAAAGAGGCUUUCGAGUGUUUCAACUCAAGGCUUGCAAGAAUUUAAAAAUGAGGUUGUUUUGAUUGCUAAACUUCAACAUCGAAAUCUUGUUAGACUUAGGGGUUAUUGCAUUAAAGGAGAUGAAAAAAUCUUGCUAUAUGAAUACAUGUCAAACAAGAGCUUGGACUCAUUUAUAUUCGACCGAACACGGACUGUACUUUUGGAUUGGAAAUUGCGGUUUGAUAUUAUUAUAGGCAUUGCUCGGGGGAUGCUUUAUCUUCAUCAGGACUCGAGAUUGAGAGUGAUUCAUAGAGAUCUUAAAGCAAGUAACAUUCUCUUGGAUGAGGAUAUGAUCCCAAAGAUAUCAGACUUUGGUCUUGCUAAGAUAUUUGGGGGAAAAGAGACCGAAGCAAGUACGGAAAGAGUAGUUGGAACCUAUGGAUAUAUGGCACCGGAAUAUGCUUUGGAUGGAUUGUUUUCAGUUAAAUCAGAUAUUUUUAGCUUUGGUAUAAUCCUACUAGAGAUUCUCAGUGGUAAAAAGAACACAGGUUUCUAUCGGUCGCAAGAAAUUGCUAGCCUUUUGAGUUAUGCAUGGAGAUUAUGGACAGAGAAUAAACUACUGGAUUUAAUGGACUUUGCUAUAUGUGAAUCGUGUGAUAAGAAUCAAUUUAUCAAGUGUGCGCAUGUUGGGCUCUUAUGCGUACAAGAUGAACCAGGUGAUCGACCUACAAUGUCAUAUAUUUUAACAAUGCUCAAUAGUGAGACUUCAACCAUACCAAUUCCAAAACAACCAACAUUUUUCACGAGCAAACACCAUUCUUGCACUUCUUCUUCUAGCAAGUUAGAAAUAAAUAUGCAUUUUGAUACCAGUUAUCAAGUAGGUCGAUAGUGUGAGAAAGAAGUCAUCAUCUAGCUUGUAAUUCAGUGUAGCAAUAGAUCAACUCAAGUCUUCCUUUGCUUACUUUCAUCCCUCAUGAAGUAAAACUAGUUCUCUAUAUGUUAGCUUCUAUUAUGGGCAACUGAGUUUUUAUCCAAACUUAUAGAUACCUUAUUAUCACCAACAACUGAAUCGGUUUCUUAAUAUGAUAUGUUGUUUUUUUCUUUGA